AUGGCUGAGGUUACAACAAGUUGUUUUAGCAGAGUAACACUACUCAUCCUAUAUAUCCUACACCAAUCAUGUGUUGCUAAGAGUACAUUAAUUUUCAAUGUCCUAAGCUUUGGAGCCAAGCCUAACGGUGUAAUAGAUUCGACACAAGCUUUUCUGGAUGUAUGGACUGCAGCAUGUGCCUCCUCUGAUUCCACUACUAUACGUGUACCAAAAGGGAGGUAUUUGCUUCCCAAUGCUAUGGUUUUCAAAGCUAACAACUGGCUAAGCUUCGAAGGAGUAACCGGUGUGUCCAUUAUCGGAGGUGCCCUUGACACUAAAGGUACCUCCUUGUGGGCAUGCAGGUUAGCUGGAAGCACUGAUUGCCCCAAAGGAGGAGCCACGAGUCUGAGUUUUACGAACUCCAAAAACAUUAACGUCGAUGGACUAAUCUCAUUGAACAGCCAGAUGUUCCACAUUGUGAUAAACGGCUGCCAAGAUGUUCGCAUCAAAGGGAUCAAAGUCGAUGCAGCUGGAAAUAGCCCAAACACUGAUGGCAUCCAUGUCCAAUUGUCAAGAAAUGUUGCAAUCUUCAACACCUCUAUCAAAACUGGAGAUGAUUGUGUCUCGAUUGGCCCCGGAACAAAGGACUUGUGGAUCGAGCAAAUAACUUGUGGUCCUGGCCAUGGCAUUAGCAUAGGGAGUUUAGCCAAAGACUUGGAAGAGGAAGGGGUCCAAAAUGUGACAGUUCAAAAUGCAAUUUUCAAGGGUAGUCAAAAUGGUUUGAGGAUUAAGUCUUGGGCAAGGCCGAGCAACGGAUUUGUUCAAGGUGCUCAAUUUCCUUGA